CAAUCAGAGCCUGGCAGUGCGUGACGUCACACCUCCUGCUGUUGGAGGUGUGAGGCCGUGAGGUUUUGGUGCGGGAGACCAUUACCACAGAGCUGCUCAGGCACGUUCAGGCCUCGAAUGUGAUCCCGGGGAGGUGGUGCGAACGUACGAAACAGACCCGUCUGGCAUUCGAGCUGUGUGGUCUCGGCUGAUCGGCUGGGUCAGAACGGCGAACCUCACUCAGCAAUGGAACCUCAGAAGAAAAAGGCUGAAGCACAGCAGGCAGCCGACACGGCACACUCGACAGACAACCUGUAUGAAGGAGACGAAAACCCCGAGAGAGGCAACUGGACGAGCAAGCUCGACUUUCUGCUCUCCUGUCUCGGAUAUGCCGUUGGCCUCGGAAAUGUGUGGCGGUUCCCGUACCUGUGCUAUAAGAACGGCGGAGGUGCCUUCCUCAUUCCGUACGUCUUAUCUCUGUUCGGCCUGGGCAUUCCCCUGUUCCUACUGGAUCUGACUUUGGGACAGUACAGCGCCAUGGCACCCGUCAGUCUCUUCAAAAACUACGCUCCGGCAAUGAGAGGUGUCGGUAUCGCGAUGUUCCUGGCGUCGGUGGCCAUCGGUCUUUACUACAACAUGAUCAUCGCGUGGACGGUGUACUACACGUACUCCAGCAUGACGUCCGACCUGCCCUGGCAGUACUGCAACCACGACUUCAACACGCCCAACUGUUUCAACUUUGACGAUUACCAGCGCUGCAAGGCGAUAUACAACGAGUCAACGUGGUGGAUCUACAACUACGGUCACUGUAUCACCAACCGCACAGAGGCCGACAUCCUGGGCGUCAACAGCACCGUGCCGGAAAAGGACCGCGUCUCUCCUGCGGAGGAGUACUACAACAACCACGUGCUCAGUCUGAGCUCCGGGAUCGACGAGCUGGGAUCGGUGCAGCCCCGACUCGUGCUCUCACUCCUGGUCGCCUGGCUGGUCGUUGGCGGAGCUCUCAUCAAAGGCAUCAAGUCAUCCGGAAAGGUGGUGUACUUUACGGCGCUGUUCCCGGUCGUCAUCCUCGUCAUCCUGCUGAUCCGUGGCGUCACGCUACCUGGCGCCUCCGAGGGCAUCAAGUUCUACAUCGUCCCAGACCUGAAACGGCUUAGAAGCAUCGAUGUCUGGGUCCAGGCUGCUGUCCAAAUCUUCUACUCCCUGGGAAUCGCCAGCGGAGGGCUGAUCACCCUUGCCAGCUACAACAAGUACCACAACAACGUCGUCAGAGACGCGCUGAUGGUUUGCAUUGGCAACUGCUGUGCAUCCGUUUUCGCUGGUUUCGCCAUCUUCUCGGUUCUUGGCUUCAUGGCUAAGGAGCUGGGAGUUCCUGUAUCUGAAGUCGUCAAAAGUGGAUCGGGUCUAGCGUUCGUGGCCUACCCGGAGCUGGUGACCCGCCUGCCGAUAUCCACUCUCUGGGCGCUUCUCUUCUUCCUGAUGCUCUUCACGCUUGGACUUGAUACCCAGUUUGCAAUAAUUGAGACAAUCAUCACCUGUGUCCUGGACGAGUUCCCGAAGCUGCGUCGGUGGAAGUCCUGGGUGGUAGUAGCCAUCUGUGGAACGCUGUUCCUUCUCGGCAUCCCUCUCACUACUCAGGGCGGCCGCUAUGUCGUGGACCUGAUGGACAACUACGCUGCGGGCUGGCCAUACCUCUUCAUCAGUCUGACCGAGCUGCUAGGCAUGUACUGGCUGUACGGCAUCACCAACUACUACCGCGACCUCACCAACAUCAUGGGCUUCAGCCCCGGCUUCCGACUGAAGGCGCACAUCACUGCCAUCUACGGCACCGUGUCUCCAAUCCUGAUGGCGCUGAUUCUGCUGCUCGGCUGGAUCAACUACGAACCGUACGAGGUGGACGGCUACGUCUACCCUCCCUUCGCCAACGGCAUCGGCUGGGCCAUCGCCAUGUUCAUCAUCGCCGUGAUUCCUGGCGGCUUUAUCUACAACGUCGCCUGCGAGCAGACUGGCGACUUCAGAGAGCGUCUGAGGAACUCUGGCCGCCCCACUGAGGCCUGGUACGAACACUCGCGGAAUAUCGCCGCCCGGGAGAAGCUGGCCGCAUCACCAGAGACCGGCGUUGACAACGCGACACUAAACGUUGAUGACGACGACGACCUUUGACCUGAGAGCUCGGGGAAGGACUCAGCGAGUUCUAGCCUAGCGUUGUACUCUAAGAUUUUCUUAUCGUCGCUGAUGAAUUGUGUUUUAUGCGAGUUGUUAUACUUGCACCGGAAGUAGCAGUGAGUACUGAGAAGUAGGCAAACAUCAUAGCAUGCUGCGAUGUAGUAACUGUAAUCCUCAUGUUAUAACAGUAUAGAAACUAUCCCAAGCAUGUACGAAGAAGGACUGAAUAGAACCAGCUUGAAUGAAAUGUUUAAAGGCACUAAAAUGUGUAAAAACAGAUUGCCGAAAAAACUUAACAUGGUGUGUUUUUUUAGGAUGUGUACCAUGUGAGAAAAUACGUACACAAUAUACAACAAUAUAUUUUAUGCUUAUAUAAG